CUUGACAUCGUAAUAUUUGUAUUUAAUUAUUUACCAAGUUUUUAAGAUUUAUAAGAUUUCCAGUAGAUUUACAGGAUUUUUAGGAUCGAUAACGAUGGCUUUGCAAGACGUGUGCGGCAUUCGAAAGCCCCCCGUAUAUCCCAGAUGGAAUUCUCCGGCCUUGUUCUCCAUGCUUGUGGGAGAUACCAUGCCACACUUUGACGAGGUGGGAGGGGGUCACCUUUUGCAGGAAUGCAGCAGCCCGCUGCAGCUAUAUGUUCCCUCCCUCAAUGGCAAAGACUUCCUAUCCUCCUCAUACUUGUCAUCGGUCCGGCCGCCAUUCUCGCUGUGUCAUGGUACCACCACCCUGGGGUUUGUGUUCCAGGAUGGCGUCAUCGCGGCGGCGGACAGUCGCGCAAGCUGCUCGGGCCUGAUCGCCUGCCCGGCCGUCCAGAAGAUCAUGCCGGUUCACUCCCACCUGGUGGUCACCACCUCGGGCAGCGGAGCCGACUGCAUGCUCUGGCAGCGCAUCCUGGCCCGCGAGUGCCGCCUCUACCACCUCCGCAACCACCGGCGUCUGUCAGUAGGGGGCGCUGCCAAACUGCUCGCCUACAUGCUGCAUCCAUUCAAAGGCACCGAGCUGUGUGUGGCGCUCACACUGUGCGGCUGGGAUGAGGGGCGUGGGGGGGCAUCCCCACCUGUGGAAGACCUGUGGGUGAUGGAGGAGAAAGUGACAGGCUGGGGAGGAGAAGAAGGAUGUGGAUCUAAGGGGAGGAAGGAGACCAGGGAGUGUGCAGGACAAGCCUGCGAGAGAGAGGGAGAGGGGGAGGCUGCAGGAGAAGCGAGGACGGAGGCGGACGAGGAGCAAACUGCACUGGGACAAGAGGCCAGUGGAGUAGAGGAGGAGCUGGGUGCAAAGGCAGAGCGAACGGAGAGUGAAAGAGAGGAAGAUGCAACACACAGCAGACGUGUAGAGGAUGGCGGCCUCAGCCGAGCCUCAACGACAGAGAGCAGCAGAGCAGGAGCUACAGCAGCAGAGCAGGAAGUCAGACAGGAGCCAUGGGCUGGCGGGCCGAGGCUGUACUAUGUGUGCAGUGAUGGAACCUGCCUGCAGGGGGAGCUGUUCUCGGUGGGCUCCGGGUCCCCGUACGCCUACUCCGUGCUGGACUGCGGGCUGCGGUGGGGGCUCAGCUUGUCCGAGGCCGUCUCGCUUGCCCGGGAGGCAGUGUACAGGGCCACCCACAGGGAUGCCUACUCCGGGAACUGCGUGGACGUCUUCUACAUCAACUCCCAAGGAUGGAGGUGCAGAGAGAGGGAAGACCUCAGGGAGGAGUACUACAGGGAGAAGGAGAAGAGGAAGAUGAGGCAGGGAGAGCAGGAAAAGUGCGGCAUGAAACACAAGUGAGGCAGGAAGGCUGGAGGCGGGGUUAGCGCUGUGUAAAUAUUAAUUAUUCAAGCUGAGAGUGUGUAUCUGAUAAGGUGUUGUUGUAAAUAAAUUGUCAUUCCUCCA